UUUGAAAAAUUACUACAAACUAUAUUGUCAUCAAAAAACCACUUCCUUACUUGAGGCCAGAGAAGAGAGUGCUAGGCACAAUUUCCUGGCUGAGCAAACCAUUCUAAUACUUCAAGAGAGCAACUCUUGACUGUCAAAGCGACUGGCCGGACGAGCAAGGAUGACAGCCCGAAUGGACUGAUCGCUUCCUUCCCCCGCACUUUCACCAGGAUGCAAAGAGGAAGCUGACCGGCAAACCCAGCUUUCCGCGGACAAAGGACUUUUCUUCUCUGCGCCCCCAGUGGGCAGCCCAUCCCGGGAGCCAGAAAGAUGGAGCCGAGCCCGCUGGUGUGGGGACUGUUCACACUUCUGGUGACUGGCUGUGUGGCAGAGUUUUGUGAAGAUGAUCCACCAAAGGUCAGAAACGCCCAAUUCAAAGCCCACACCUACCAGAAUGGCACCAUUUUAAACUGUGAAUGCAAGAGAGGCUUCCGCAGAAGCAGGAACGGAUUACCCUUUAUGCUUUGCGUGGGAAACUCCAGCUACUCUUCUUGGGAAAACAAAUGUCAAUGCAUCAGCAUUUCCUCUAGGAACAAAGGAAAACACGCUACACCUAAACCUGAAGAACAGAAGGAAAGAAACACCACAGAUGUGCAAAGUCAAAUGCAGCCUGUGGACCAAGUAAACCUUUUAGGUCCCUGCAGGGAACCUCCGCCUUGGGAACAUGAAGCUAUGGAGAGAAUCUAUCAUUUCAUGGUGGGGCAGACUGUUUAUUACCAGUGCCUCAAGGGCUACAGGGCCCUACAGAAGGGCCCUGCCAAGAGCAUCUGCAAAAUGCACUGUGGGAAAACAAGGUGGACGCGGCCCCGGCUCACGUGCACAAAGGAGGAGGAGUAUGGGCUGCUUCCAGGCAAAGAACAGCCAGAAUCAAGCACGGAGCCUCUCUCUGACAGCGCAACUUCCUGUCUCCUAAUUACAACAGAUUUGCAAGAACAUACAGAAUUGGUUACAACCAUGGAGACGUUCGUAUUUACUACAGAGUAUCAGAUAGCAGUGGCCGGCUGCAUUUUCCUGCUGAUCAGUAUCCUCCUUCUGAGUGGGCUCACCUGGCAGUGGAAAUGGAGGAAGAGUAGAAGGACAAUCUAGAAAACCAAGAGCGGUCAGAAGAAGCCAAGAACAGCCAACAGAAGUCAUGGAGCAGAAGGCAAAAUCAAAAAAGUUUAAACCCUCAUUCAAGAGGCAUCGCUUGUGAUCCCUUGGAUUUUGGAAGGCUCCAGGGUCACGUCACAGAAUGCUGGGCAACUGCAAUCCAUCUCCAAGGCAGCUCUGAAGUACCCAUGAGUGAGAUCGACCGGCUCCCAAGCAGCAAUUCCAAAGUCACUGAGGGAAAAGGGAGCAGAACUCUUUUUUUUUUGUCAUGUAUUAUGUGUUUAUUAAAACUUAAAUGGCAUGGAACCCUCUCCACAUCAUAUAUAGUAUAAAGAAAAGUAGCUUUCUGUUAAUUUCAUCCCAACUGCCCAGUUUAUAAUAUCCCCAAGAAAAACCCUAGGAGUAACGUAAACACACACACACACACAUUCUCCACCCUAUGUAACUGGACCUUGUCCCUGGAUCCACAUGGGGCCUUUCCCAGCCUCUGGCUGACCGGCUAUUUCCCUGAUCACAUUCCUAAUGGAUGUUCUUUAAGAACGUUGGGCUGGUGACCAUGGAUCUUUUUGUCCUAUGCUCAAGGCUCUCAACUACCCCCUUCUAAUGCAUCUUCCAUUUUGAAUUUCCAAAGAACAGAAGCUAUGGCAAAACGAGUACAAGGCAGCCAAGCCCUUGGAAUUAGAGAGCUUCACUAUUUGAAAGGAUUUUCCUAGAGUUAAUGUUGCGAACAGGAUAAACGAGUUCUCAGGUAAUGAAUUACACUUAUCAAAAGGACACUAAUAGGUCUCCUUAAGAGUUAGUUUCCUUAGGAUUCUAUAAAUGACACUGAAUUUGGACUGCACUAAUUUGAUGUUCAGAGAUAGACACGUGGUGUGCAAAUGCGGACAUUUCCAAAUAAGUGUCAUAGAAGCACUGAAAAGAAACCAAUAGAUGCAAUUUUCAUAGAAGGAAAGAAAGAAAGGAGGAGGAAGGCUUUCACACUGACAGAAUGUAACUAUGGAAAACGAACGCCCGCGAUCGUCAGACUUUAAUAAAAAGUUAGCAAGUCGGAAUCACCAGGAGGACGUGGUAAAAUGCAGACUGCUGGCCUCAACCCCAGGGUUUCUGAGUCAGUGGGUCUGAGGUGGAGCCUGAGAAUUUAUAUUUCUAACAAAUUCCCAGGUGAUGGUGAUGCUGCUUGCGGGGGGGACGACACUUUGAGGACAACUGGGUUAUACCCCGCCCCCCACUCCUAUAGGAAACAUCAGCUUCAGGUGCUAAGAUUUCAAUUUCUUGUAUAAGAUCACUCUUCCCAACUUAGCUGCCUAAGAUGUUAUAUUUUCACAAAAUCACAUGAUUAAGGAAAUUAAUGAAAACUCCAAACUCUUUGUUUCUGAAAGAGCAGGAAAGUGUUAUGAAAAAUGACAGGCAGCUUUCAGCAGGGUCCAGCUCCGGAUUAAAGAACCAUUGGCUGCCCUUUCUGUGAUGAAUCAAAUAUGGCUCAGACCCUCUUGCUCACACUGCGCCCAUCCCCACCCCCAAUAUAUGAUUUCCAGGGAAAGUUGACAGGAAUCUUGGAUCAGGACAAUGUUUUAAAAAUAAAUCUGACUUGAAUAAAAUUGAAUUGAAUUAUCAUUACUCCUUUUGGAGAAGGGAGAUCUGUGAGAUCAAAAUUACUAGUCAUAAUAUUAUUCAGAUGUUAUUUACCCUUUUCACUCUCAUUCUCUGAUGGGUGUACAGUGGAGUUCUCCAGAGGCUACAUGAUAUGUGAUAACGUCAUCGCUGUCAAAGUAGCUUGUAAUGAGUUUCUUACUGUUAUUUUCAAAAGAAUUAAUA